AUGGAUUGCCGUCGAAAGGGAAAGCUGUGCAUAUUGAGUGACCGGCAGGCCAAGGAACUUCUUGAAUCGUUGGAUAUUGAUCUUGACACUGAUGAAGAGGAAGAUCCAGGAGACGACUUUGAAAGUGACGACUAUAAUGACCCGGAAAUUGAAGAGUUGUUUUCCUCGCCCCCUGCACCCAAGCGACGCAAGCUAGAUACCUCUGGCACCGUGAAUACUGAAAAAGCAUCGGGUAAGUCAGAUCCACUCAUGGGACCCGGAACAUUCGUUGGAUCCGCAGAUUCAAUCGAUCCCAAAUCUGCUGCGUUCAAAAACAUCAAAUGGAAAAAAGCAAAUCUUGGCGUUCCGGAAUCCGAUCUACUGUUUGAAGAAGCUGACCUAGAACAAUUUAAAGAUCUGGACACACCGUUCAAAUGUUUUUCUUAUUUCCUCGAUGGUAUUUUGGAACACAUUGCGGCUCAAACUAACCUUUAUGCGAAGCAAAAGAACAUCACGAGCAGUUUCUCCACAACGGCGUUGGAAAUAAGAAAAUUUUUCGGAGCUCUUUUGUACAUGUCUGUUUUUCGAUACCCGAGCAUAAGGUCGUACUGGAGUGAAUAUGCGUUUCACCCGAUUCAAAAUACGUUGCCGCGGAAUAGAUUUGAUGCGAUUCGUCGAUUUAUCCAUUUCAAUGAUAACGAUGCUAUUCCUGCAAAAAACUCGGCGGAAUACGACCGUUUGUACAAAAUCAGACCAAUUGUGAACUAUUUCAAUGAAAGAUUUGAAACUGUCCCACUGCCCCAACAUGUUUGCGUUGACGAGCAAAUGUGCGCAACAAAAAUGAAGUCAACUCUUCGACAAUAUUUGGCAAACAAGCCCCACAAAUGGGGAUUCAAGCUAUUCGUUUUAUCCGACUCCUUUGGAUAUUCCUACCGCUUUGAAGUUUACUGUGGAGCUGGCGAUAACGUGGUUCUACCGGGUACUCCUGACUUGGGAGCAACAGCAAAUGUAGUCGUGCGGCUGUCAAAAGUACUGCCCGAUUUCAGAAACCACAUAAUGUACUUUGAUAACUUCUACACAUCAUUGCCGUUGCUGACUUAUCUACGCUCAAGAGGCAUAUUCGCGUUGGGAACUAUUCGCAACAAUCGUAUUCCAAACAAUAAGCUUCCCACAGACACAGCUUUGAAAAAAUGUGAACGUGGUUACUCGACUGAAUAUGUUGGAACGGCUCAUGGAGUUUCAAUUUCAACGACGGUGUGGAAUGAUAACAAGGCGGUUCGUCUGGCAUCGUCUUAUGUGGGCGUCAAGUCAAGAACAACCAAGGAUAAGGACCCUACUGAUACCGUUUCCCGCUUCGUUCGAUCUACUAAGCGCCGAAUCGAUGUUGCUUGUCCACCUAUGAUUCGUGAAUAUAAUCGUCACAUGGGAGGUGUAGAUAUGGCUGAUGGUCUGAUUGGGCGAUAUCGCAUCCGAGUAAAAACGACGAAGUACACGAACCGUUUGGUGUACCAUUUACUGGAUUUGGCUAUGGUAGACUCGUAUGUAUUGUUCAAACGUGUGCAUAAAAUUGAUCCAUCCUCUGAAGUCUACCAGCUUCCGAAUUUUCGGGCUGAAGUUGCAAAGGCAAUGUGCACCUACAAAGCUCCGGCGGCGCCGAGACCACCUGGACGGCCACGAAUAAUUUCUACGAAGAAGCCAUCUAUUCCGAAGCGAGCCUAUCUGCCACUUUCAGACACCCGAUACGACGGAACGGAGCACUUCCCCGAAAUUCUUCCCCGUUCCGAGAAGAGAACUUGCAAAAAUCCUGGAUGCAAAUCGGAAACAUCAACAUAUGCCUGCAAGCGA